UGUAUAUGCUUUUUCUUUCUUUUUUCCUUUUCUUUCCAUACCGAGGGCCAGACCUCUCUAUUUCUAUACGUGACACUCCGUCCAUGGCACGCCUUGUAGCUUCCGUGUACCCAAGUAUACGCACUGUUGUGGAUUGCAUGGUGAAGCAUCUUUGGAUUCUACGGGGCGACAAGGGGUAGAAACAGGAACUCGGGCUUGUAAGCGAUGUCAUGAUAAACAGCUGGCAGCAGCAACUACUCUGCAGUUGCGUUUGACCAUACCAGAGAAAUCGGAAUGCAUUCUGUACAGUGUCGGGUGGGGUGGCCUGGGUGGGCAGUUCGGUCCAAAUCCAUUCUGGUCCGUGCGGGUAUUUACAUCGCAUACUGAGCAACCAUACCGCAUACUCACGACAUGCGAUACACUCACCACCCUCACAAUCUACGUAACCGGUAAUGCUCGAGUCCAAUUUGAACUGACAGGCGACCCCCUUUUCGCCAUGCUGUCCAUUCCCACCAUUCCACCGCGAGCGGACUCUUCUUUGUGGCCGUCUCUGCGUACCACCCACCCUAUAAUCUAUGACGAUGCCCCCUCAUCCCCCGCAAACCCCAACCAUCAACGAGCCUCGCACCCACAACACGACCACCAUUACAACUCUUCAAGGGGCCUACUUGCGCAACUUAGUUCGGAAGAAAACAAGAUAUCCCAACGAAAACUGAACAUCCAGCGUUAUGGUGCGACCUGGAUCCGGCCGCCCGGCGUCCUCAAAACGUUCCAAGCAAGCGAGGAUGAGAAAGCAGAGCGGGAGGAGCAGGAAGCACUUGCAAGGCGCGAACAGGCUAUGAUGGACUUGCAGGCUGCGCAACAGGAAACUGCUAAUGCCGAGGCUCGAGAGGGUGCGGAGGAUAUGGAAGAUGUUGAAGGAGAGCGAGACCUGGAUGACGAAGUACCCGAGGCCGAAGCGGACGAGAGUGACAUGAGCGAAAGCGAGGACGAAAGUGACAGCGAUAGCGAAGUGGAAGAAGGCAACACGACAAGGCAGACAGCCGAUGUUACUUUCAACGAGGACUCUUUCAUUGAGGGCAGCAUGCUUGAAGGCCAUGUAUCACAAAUGCUCGCUAUGGAGGAAGCGUCCAUGUCGGGUACUCUUCAGGAAGAACGCGAUCUAGAUGAGGAUAUACCGGAAGCUGGUAGCUAUGAACACACCGAUUCCUCACUCAUCGAUUCAUCUUCAGAAAAUGAGGGCCCUUCAUCCGCUUUCCGAGCGCCACCUCCUCCCCCGAACAGGAGAAGAUCGAAUCGACGGAGCUCAGGGGCUGCAUUUAUUAGAAGGAAUGUACAAACGCAAACACCUCCACAAGUCGGAAGGAAUACCAGACUGAGUAUGGAGUAUGAGGGGAGCAGCUCCAUCCUUGAUGGAAGUUCCUUCUUAAGAAGCUCGCCUGCAGCAGCCCGGGCCAGCUUGAGGGGCAGACUAUUCAAUACUAGACCACCAGGGCGUUGA